GUCGGAAAGGGGCGGCGGUCAGAAUGUGUCAACGUGCAGUCAAAUUGCCCGUAUUCAGCAGAUAGGUAGGUAUGAAUUCAGAAUUGCGAACAUCGCCAUCAGGCAACAGUCGAAUACUUUCGACGAAAGUCUCAAUGUUUCGAAGGACGAAGGUUUGAUUCGGUACCAGGCCUCGGUGCUUUUCGGGCAUUUCUUUAGGACAAGGAUGAGUCAGUCUGGCAAUCCCCAGUGAUUCAUGACCCGGCCGAAUGUUCCGGACCAUUCGGGGAUCAAGGUCACUGCCCUUUGCAAGCAACCGUGAAAGCAGCAUCAACAUUGCACCGAGGAAAUAAAAGGAUCCUGUCCUAUAUACUACUGGGCUUCCUUUGGGAGAGAGCAUUGCAUUGAUUGCAACAAUGACGAUGACCUGUGCCCGUUGCCAUGGUAUCCGUCAAUCGCCGGAACGGGACCGGAACCGCAAACGUCUAGUGCGCAUGCGCGGAAAUCAAGCGGGCCGGUCGCCGGCCGCCCCGGCCGCCACACGCCGCGAGACGUCACGAGCGGAGGACCGGGAGCGUGAGAGGAGCGGUUGGUGUUUGAUCUUGCCGGCAUUUCCCACGUGGAAUCGUCGGUAGUUGUGAUUUUCAAGAGCUUAGUGUAAAGUGUUUCAAAUCAACAGGUCGCAUAAUGGCGUCAGACACUGAAGACAAAGUUGUCGCCGCUGAUGGGGAGACUCCUGAGGAGGAGGAGGACGAGGAGGAGAGGGCCGCCGACUCUGAGACACACCAGGAGGAGGAUGAGGAUAACUAUGAGCCUGCUAGUAAGAAGCGAAAGAAGGGCAAGAAAAGGAAGGCCAGAGAUGACAAGAAAAGUAAAAAGAAGAAGAAGAGGAGGAAGGCAGACAGUGAGGAGAGUGAGGACGAGGACAAUGACUCGGAGGCGGCCGAGACGCCCCGGCCGCGCAAGGCCCGCGGUCCGACGGCCUCUGCCAAACCGCCGCGGGAGCAGGCGGCCGAGCCGAGCGGCAUGCCCACAUCGGAGGAGGUGUGUGAGACGUUCGGCCUGGUGAACGUGGAGCUGGAGUACUCUGACGAGGACUACCAGACGCUCACCACGUACAAGGCCUACCAGCAGCACGUGCGGCCCCUCAUCGCCAAGGAGAACCCCAGGGUGCCGAUGUCGAAGCUGAUGAUGCUGGUAGCGGCCAAGUGGCGCGAGUUCACCGCCUCGCAGCCGGCCGAGGAGGCCGCCUCUCCUGCCGGAUCGCCGCGCGAGCCCGACCAGGAGCAGGAGUCGGACGCCGCCGAGGAGCCCGAGGAACCAGAGGACGAGCCGGAGCCGGAGGUGCGCGCCUCGGCCCGCUCCAGCCGCGCCUCCAAGAAAAAACCCGAGCCGGCCGACGAUGACGAGUACGAGUUCGAGGACGACGAGGAGUCGUCCAAGAAGAAGCGCUCCCGCCGCUCCAAGGCUGGCGGAUCGUCCAAGAAGGGACGCGUGCCCACGCUCAAAAUUAAACUGGGCAAACGCAAGAAGGGCUCGUCGGACGAGGACGAGGAUUAUGAGGCCGGCAAGGACUCGGACGCCGAGUUCGAGCAGAUGCUGGCAGAGGCCGAGGAGGUCAGCAAGAAUGACGACGACGCCGACCUGCCCAAACGCAAGGCCAAGACCAAGAUCGGAAACAAGAAGAAGAAGAAGUCGAGGAAGCCGGGCCGGGACGAGGAGGGCUACGAGACCGACCACCAGGACUUCUGUGAGGUAUGCCAGCAGGGCGGCGAGAUCAUCCUCUGCGACACGUGUCCCAAGGCGUACCACCUGGUGUGUCUGGAACCCGAGCUGGAGGAGCCGCCCGAGGGCAAGUGGAUGUGUCCCACGUGUGAGAAGGACGGCCCUCCGGAGCGGCCGGCCAAACAGUCGGACGACGAGCACCAGGAGUUCUGCCGCAAAUGUAAGGACGGCGGUGAGCUGCUGUGCUGCGAUAUGUGCGUGGCUGCCUACCACACACACUGCCUGAACCCGCCGCUGAAGGAGAUACCCGACGGAGACUGGCGCUGCCCACGCUGCUCGUGCGAGCCGCUGACGGGCAAGGUGCAGAAGAUCCUCACCUGGCGCUGGAAGGAAGAACCCGCCGAGAAACCGGCAGAGGGAGAGGCCGCCGCCACAUCGCCCAAGAAGAAGGCGCACCGCACGCGCGAGUACUUUGUCAAGUACCACGACAAGAGCUACUGGCAUUGCGACUGGGUCUCGGAGCUGCAGAUGGACAUUUACCACGCCAGCAUGCUGCGGUUCUACAUGCGCAAGUACGACAUGGAGGAGCCGCCGACGUUUGACGACGGCGACCACACGGAGCACUACCGGAUGAAGCACGUCAAGGACGACCCGCAGCACCUCGAGGAGAGGUUCUACAGGAACGGCGUCCGUCCCGACUGGCUCAUCAUCCACCGGGUGCUCAACUUCCGCACGAUGCGCCACGGCGCCGUCCAGUACCUGGUCAAGUGGAAGGAGCUCGGCUACGAGUACGCCACGUGGGAGAGCGAGGACGCCGACAUCAACGGACUGCAGGAAGAGAUAUCAGCGUAUAACGACCUGCGGGCGGUAAUGGCCGGUGACAGCGGCACCAAGAAGGGCAAGAAGAAGGGCAAACGCAGCAAACACCGCGACGCAGAGGACGACGACGAAAACAGGAAGAGACGGUACAACCUGCCCCCGGAGCGUGUCCUGCGCGAGACCAACCGCAAGUGGGAGAAGCAGCCCGACUACCUGGACUGUACCAAGAUGAAGCUGCACGACUACCAGAUGGAGGGCCUCAACUGGCUGCGGUUCUCCUGGGGUAACGGCACCGACACCAUCCUGGCCGACGAGAUGGGUCUCGGCAAGACGAUCCAGACGAUCGUGUUUCUGUACUCGCUGUACCGCGAGGGCCACAGCAAGGGCCCGUUCCUGAUCGCCGUGCCGCUCAGUACGCUGGUUAAUUGGGAGCGCGAGUUCGAGACCUGGGCACCCGAGUUCUACGUGGUCACCUAUGUGGGUGACAAGGAUGCUCGAGCGAUCAUCCGUGAGCACGAGCUGAGUUUCGAGGAGGGUGCCAUCCGUGGCGGCAAGGCGUCCCGACUGCGCACCAGUAACGUCAAGUUCCACGUGCUGCUGACGUCGUACGAGCUGAUCUCGAUCGACAGCGCGUGCCUGGGCAGCGUGGACUGGGAGGUGCUGGUGGUAGACGAGGCUCACCGGCUCAAAAACAACCAGUCCAAGUUCUUCAAGGUGCUGGCCGGCUACAAACUGGCCUACAAGCUGCUCCUGACGGGUACGCCGCUGCAGAACAAUCUGGAGGAGUUGUUCCACUUGCUCAACUUCCUCUGUCCGGAGAAGUUCCAGGACCUGCAGGCCUUCCAGAACGAGUUCGCCGACAUCGCCAAGGAGGAGCAGAUCAAGAAGCUGCACGAGAUGCUGGGCCCGCACAUGCUGCGACGACUCAAGGCUGACGUGCUGAAGAACAUGCCGUCCAAGUCUGAGUUUAUUGUCCGUGUGGAGCUGUCUGCCAUGCAGAAAAAGUACUACAAGUACAUCCUGACCAGGAACUUCGAGGCGCUGAACGCAAAGUCCGGCGGCGGACAGCAGAUGUCUCUGCUCAACAUUAUGAUGGAGCUGAAGAAGUGCUGCAACCACCCCUACCUGUUCAGCGUGGCCUCCAAUGAGGCGCCCAAGCUGCCCAACGGCAUGUACGAGACCGAGGCGGUCACCAAGUCCAGCGGAAAGCUGGUCCUCCUCGCCAAGAUGCUCGAGAAACUGAAGGCAGAGGGACACAGGGUGCUCAUCUUCUCGCAGAUGACCAAGAUGUUGGACAUUCUGGAGGACUUCUGCGAGGGCAUGGGCUACAAGUACGAGCGCAUUGACGGCGGCAUCACGGGCUCACUGCGACAGGACGCCAUCGAUCGGUUCAACGUGCCCGGCGCCACCGCCUUCGUCUUCCUGCUCUCCACCAGGGCCGGCGGUCUGGGUAUCAACCUGGCCACCGCCGACACGGUCAUCAUCUACGACUCGGACUGGAACCCGCACAACGACAUCCAGGCCUUCUCACGAGCACAUCGUAUCGGUCAGACCAGCAAGGUGAUGAUCUACCGUUUCGUCACCCGUAACUCUGUGGAGGAGCGCGUCACCCAGGUGGCCAAGAAGAAGAUGAUGCUGACCCACCUGGUGGUGCGGCCCGGCAUGGGCGGCAAGGGCACCAACCUCAGCAAGAAGGACCUGGACGACAUCCUCAAGUUCGGCACUGAGGAGUUGUUCAAGGAAGACGAGUCCAACCCGGACGGACCGGACAACGAGAUCCACUACGACGACGCGGCUGUGAGCGCGCUGCUCGACCGAUCGCAGUCCGGCAUCGAGGAGAAGGCCGAGUGGAGCAACGAGUACCUCUCCAGCUUCAAGGUGGCGACGUACGCGACCAAGGAGGGCGCCGAGGAGGAGGAGGAUCUCGAGGUCAUCAAACAGGAGGCGGACAACACGGACCCGCAGUACUGGGAGAAGCUGCUGCGACACCACUACGAGCAGCAGCAGGAGGACCUCUCCAGGACGCUCGGAAAGGGAAAACGAGUCCGCAAACAGGUCAACUACAACGACACGAACGACGGUCGCGACGAGGGCAACUGGCAGGGCGAGAACCCGUCCGACUACAACUCGGACUUCUCCGUGCCCUCCGACGACCAGGACAGCGACGCAGACCUCGACGACUCCGAUGUGCGGAAGCGUCGCCGUGGCGAGGCCCGCGACCGUCCGCUGCCGCCGCUACUGGCUCGUGUCGGAGGCAAUAUCGAGGUUCUCGGCUUCAACGCCCGCCAGCGCAAGGCGUUCCUGAACGCCAUCAUGCGCUGGGGCAUGCCGCCGCAGGACGCCUUCAACUCGCAGUGGCUGGUUCGUGACCUGCGCGGCAAGUCUGAGCGCAAUUUCCGUGCGUACGUGUCGCUGUUCAUGCGGCACCUCUGUGAGCCGGGCGCCGACAACUCGGAGACGUUCGCCGACGGCGUGCCCCGCGAGGGACUCAGCCGGCAGCACGUGCUCACUCGCGUCGGUAUCAUGUCACUCAUCAGGAAAAAGGUCCAAGAGUUCGAGGCGGUGAACGGCAGUUUCUCUGUGCCGGAGCUGAUGGAGCGUCGCGCCGCUGCGGCGGCAGCGGCGGCGGCUACUCCAGUGGCCUCGUCAGCGGCGCCGUCCGACCAGACCUCUGCGCAGACGUCUGCCUCGGCCACCCCGGCCACAUCGGCGGCCCCCAGCCCCGCGCCGGCGCAGAACGGUGAGAAGAAGGAGGAGCCUGAGGAGCCGCCGCGCCGCGCGGAGAAGGAAGCCACAGACGGCGAGCCGGCGAAGGACGCCGCCGAGUCGGCCGACGGAGCCGCCAAGGCCGAGCCUGCCAAGGACGGCUCAGCAGCAGCUCCGGCCGGCGAGGUGAAGCCCGAACCGAUGGAGACCGACGCUGCCAAAUCUGAGACCAAGGAGACCAAGGAGGAGCCGGCGACGCCGAAAGCAGAGCCGGCGGCGGAUAAAGAGAAGGAGAAGACAGAGGAGAGUUCCCCGGCUGAGGGAGAGGCGGGCGAGAAGAAACCGGCAGAGGCCGCGGCGGUGAAGAAGGAGGAGAAGACAGAGACCAAGGAGCAGCCCGAGAAAAAGGAGGAGAAGAAGCUGUCCCGUCCGAAGCACAAGUUCAUGUUCAACAUCGCCGACGGCGGGUUCACGGAGCUGCACACGCUGUGGGUGAACGAGGAGAAGGCGGCCGUGCCGGGCAGAGAGUACGAGAUCUGGCACCGGCGCCACGACUACUGGCUCCUGGCCGGCAUCGUGGUGCACGGCUACGGCAGGUGGCAGGACAUCCAGAACGACAUACGGUUCGCUAUCAUCAACGAGCCGUUCAAGAUGGACGUCGGCAAGGGCAACUUCCUCGAGAUCAAGAACAAGUUCCUGGCGCGGCGGUUCAAGCUGCUGGAGCAGGCGCUGGUGAUCGAGGAGCAGCUGCGCCGCGCCGCCUACCUGAACCUGAGCCAGGAGGCCAGCCACCCGGCCAUGGCGCUCAACGCCCGGUUCGCAGAGGUCGAGUGUCUGGCCGAGAGCCACCAGCACCUGAGUAAGGAGAGCCUGGCCGGAAACAAACCGGCCAACGCCGUCCUCCACAAGGUUCUGAACCAGCUGGAGGAGCUGCUGUCGGACAUGCGCUCGGACGUGUCCCGCCUGCCGGCCUCUCUGGCGCGCAUCCCGCCCGUGGCCCAGCGACUGCAGAUGUCAGAGAGGUCCAUCCUGUCCCGGCUGGCGGCCGGCACCUCGGCGCAGCCAGGCGCGGAGGGUAGCGGCAGCCAGUUCCCGGCGGCGCUGCAGGCCCAGUACUCGGGUCUGAACCUGGCCGCGCUCCGUCCGCAGUACUCGGUGCCCGGUAUGGCGGCGCCGUCUCACCCCGCCUUUCCGGGACAGACCACCGGCGCGGCCGCAGCCACCAGCGAGAAGUGAGCGCGGCGGGCGGGCUGUCUGUGCGAGGGGGAGCGGGGUGGGUUUCACGGCAUCUGUGUGCGCCCGCUCGGCUAGCUGAGCGGAGCGGGUUGUGAUGUGUCUGCGCUCAAUGUCAUCAUGUGUGCCGGCUGGGGAGACCUGGUGGCUCCAAGGAGGACCAUAGAGGGACCGGACCGAACCGUAAAGGUCUGUGAAUAGACGGGACCUAAAAGGUCCGUACUGUGAAGAGAGUGGACCUUGGGGAACGAACUGGGCCGGGCCGGACUGUGGAUAGGACCGGACCGAACCAAACUGGAAGGUUAGAGUGUCCGGGUUCGAUUAGCUGUGCUCUUCGGUCUCAAUUCAUAUGAUCUACACCGACGUUACCUGGCUGCUGUAAGGUCCUCUUGCCCUGUGUACUAAUACAUCGCUGUCCAAAAUUA